AUGGCAGGAGAAUUCAGCCCGAAAGCUCAAGGUGGCACGCCAUUUGCACCACCAAUAUUACGCUUUCCUACCGUAAAUAACGCUCAUAUGUUCGAUCUUCUUAUCAGCGACUACACAAUCAAUACGUUACUGUACCAUUUCCAUCGAGCAGACGUUUUUACAUUUCGAAUUGGUCCUGAAGUUCCACAUAUUGGAGAUUUAUUAAAUAUAACUUGUAGAGGAGAUGAUUUUGAUUUUGAUCUGAGUGCUGAAGUGACAGAUGCUAAGUUAAAAGUUGAAAUAGUUUGUUUUUUUAAGAAUUUUUCAAAUGAUAUCAGUCGACAAAACAACCGAAAAAAACGACAAGGUCCUACAGAAUCUUUUCGUAACUUUGGUGCAUGUUUUGGUGAUAUAGCUCCAGAAAUAAGAGAAAAAAAUCAUGGAAAACAAGUUUACAUAAUGGUGAAAACAACUCGAGCACCUUCUAUACAGUUUAAGGCUAUCAAUAAAGGGAGUGUAAUUAUUGACUUGAUGGUAGAUGGCGUGAUUUACUUGAAUGAUAAUAAUGUCAAAGUUGGACAUAUUCGAGUUUAUGCUGUGUUUGAAAUUUCUGGCCAACUUAUUGGCAAUCGAAUUAUCAGUAAAGCUCAAAUUAUUCAGUUAAAAUUAACAGAUGUCGGUCAUACAUUUGGCUUACCAGCAGAUACCUUUGCAAAUUUAGCUGAUUUAGCUCGAGGAUCAAUUACAAGGGUAUUAAAUGAUAAACUUAGUCAAGGAAUCACGAUUGAUACGCCAAAAUUAGGUUUACCACUUGAUUUGCAUAACGUGCGCUUAAAAGUGGUGGAGCACGCUUUGCUCAUGUCAACUGAUAUAAAAGUUCGAGCUCAAAGCUUGUUCUUAUUAUCAUCGUAUCGAUCAAUUUAA